AUGGCGGCUGAUUCAAAAACCAUGACCAUCCCCGCUAAGCGGGCCAACACCGACUACCCCUCGCCGCUAACAACCAGUGAAUUGCAGCUGAUCGAUUCCGACCCCCACCUGCGCCGAGUUUUUGGAUAUGCCCGGCCUUCCGACUACGCGGUCGCCGGAGGUGCCGCCGCCGCCUCCCCGCUUGCAUUCUGGGCGAUGGAGCGUGUGAGCCCGUCCCACGUCGGCCGCGGAGUACGUCCAUUCUCAAUUGGUUGGUGCCCCCGGGGCAUCGUGACUGACUUUGGAGUAGACCGGUUCUAUGGCUUCACGGAAAACUCGCGAGAGGUGGAAAUGGACAUGAAGGAGAUGGUUGACAAGGUGAAGAAGGGUGAGCCUUUGUACGGCUCUUCCGGUGUCUCGUCUUAUCUGCAGGGUGUUGCGGCCCGGAAUUCGCGCUACUCACAGCUCUUCAUCCAUGUGCUCCCAUGGUUCAAUGUUGUCAACCAUGAUCAGCAUGGUGUCGAUACGGCAAAGUACUAUCAGCAGGCUGAGCGGGAGCUGGAGGCUGAGCGGUUGGCCAAGUCUGCGUGA